UAUCGAUUCACUCGUCAGAUAUAGUUCAAGAUGAUUAGUAUAAAUGUCGAAGUUGAUGUCAUUAGUGUCAUCAGUCAACUUCGGAACAUUGGUUCACUUCAGUCGAUCCAUUAUCAACUCAAAAUGAAGUUCUACAUCGCAUUCCUUGCCCUGGCUUUCGCGGCGGCUGAAGCAGGAUACGCCCCGGCAGCGGUUCCAGUGAGCACCUCGGUUUGGCCCGCAUAUGGUCUCUACGGGAAGAAUGCCCUUUCCGCUUGGCCAUACGGCCACAACGAUUGGAACAAUGACUGGAACAACGGUUGGAACACCUGGAACAAUGGAUGGAAUAGCUGGAACAACGACGGCCACGGUCUGUACGGAGGAUAUCCAUAUGCCGGUGCCUGGUCUCCAGCUUACUACGGUGGCCACAAAACUGUAGUUCAGGCCAACUUGGGAAAACCUUACGCAUACGGACUGCCAUGGGGAAGCUACGGGGCUGGAGUUCAUGGAUGGACCGGUCACCAUGGUGGUUAUCUGCCAACCGUUGUUCCAGUGUCCAAGCAGGUGGCUGCCACUCCCGGAUCGGUUCAUGUGGCUGCGGUGCCAGUCGGUGCUCAGAAAGUGGUUGUUGCGUAAAUGCAUUGGAAGGCUGUCACUCGAAAUUGGCUAUGUGAUAAAUGGAAGAUAAACUGAGCAAUAUAUUGAAAACAUUACUCAAAUCAAGAGUCUGCACUUAAUUAAAAAAAA